AUGAGAAGAAAUCAUAGCAUGGUAAAUAACUUCCUGUUGCUGGGAUUCUCUGAUUUGCCAGGUCUGGAGGGCUUGUUCUUCUCUGUUUUCCUAACCAUCUAUCUAUUGAUUCUGACUGGGAAUACUCUCAUCAUUAUUGUCACAUUGGUUGACCAGACACUCCACAGCCCGAUGUUUUUCUUUCUCAGGAACCUGAGCUUUCUGGAGAUAUGCUACACCUCAGUUAUUUUCCCCAAAAUGCUUGAAAACCUACUGUCGGAGGAUAAAACCAUUUCAUUCCUUGGUUGUGCCUUUCAAAUGAGCAUCUUCCUCAUUACAGGGGCAGCAGAAUGCUGCCUUUUGGCUGCCAUGGCAUAUGACCGCUAUGCUGCCAUUUGCCACCCUCUGCGUUAUACUCUCAUCAUGAGCAAUAGAGUGUGUUCAGAGUUGGUUGCAUCCUCUUGGCUGGCUGCAGUCCCAUUGCAAGUUGGCCAGACUGUUGUGGUGUUCACUUCUUAUUUCUGUGACGUCAAUAAAAUCAACCAUUUCUUCUGUGACUUCCCUGCUGUGGUCAAACUAGUCUGUGGCAACACCUCUAUAAAUGAGUAUCUAUCCCUGCUGGAGGUGGUGUUUCUUGGAGUAAUUCCCUUUGCUUUGAUUUCCAUUUCAUAUGUGUGCAUCGCUUCCACCAUUCUGAAGAUGCCAACUGUGGAGGGAAGGCGCAAGGCUUUCUCAACAUGCUCCUCACAUCUCACGGUGGUGAUGUUUUUCUAUGUCUCUGGAACCCCGUUGUAUUUGAAACCAAAGUCGAGCCAUUCUUUGGGUACAGAAAAAUUCCUGUCACUCUUCUACACUGUCUUGUCACCAUUGUUAAAUCCUCUUAUUUACAGUUUGAGAAACAAGGAAGUCAGAGUGGCACUUGGGAAACUCAUGCCUCACUCACAAGAAGCAAAUGCACACAGAAAGUAUGGGAAAAAUAAAAGAUCAUGUAGAAUGGCUGUUCCAUAA